AUGGCAAUCCACGCAGUGUCUCCACCCAAUCUCACGCCCACCAUGUCUCUCACCUCCCUCCCUCCCGACGUGUUACACACGAUUGUCAGUUCUCUCCCCCACCGAGACCUUUUGAGCGUGACGACCGUGUGCGGCCACCUGCGCAAGGUCGGCAUCGAAUGCCUGCUCGCACGGCCUAUCACCAUCAACUCCGAACCCCAACUGGCUUCGUUCUGUCGCUUCAUGCUCUCCGAGAAGUGCGCCGAACGGGUGCUUCUUCUUCGCCAGCUCCGCCUGAUCAGGCUCGUCUCCCCUGAGGCAGUACUCGAUGGCCUGGAUCACGCGAUCACGGACUCCAUCUUGGACACCGGCGAACGGCAGGCCCAUCCUUGGCGUCACGACUUCGAUAAUGUCAUGGACAGAGAAUAUUCUCAUCAGAGGUGCGGCACGUCGAUGCUAGUCGAUGUGCUUCAGCGCGCCACGGAGCUGCAAGACCUGGACAUGGACGAGCUCGAGAUCUUGCUCUCCGUUGCCAAGCCCGCGCUCACUCAGGCCAUCUCCUCCCUCCCGAAACUCUGUCGUCUUACGAUAACGGGAUACGGACGUUGGACGCGCCAGCUGUGCAGAUCGCUCGUCUCCCCGCAUCUUCGCGCCAUUGACGUCGACUUCUGGCACGAGAGCGCGGAACCUGCGGACGACGGCACCAUCUCCUACCGUGCGUUGAUGGCGCUACUGUCCAGAUACCCGGAAAUCGAAGAAGUCACCGCCAAAAACGUGACCUUCGCCGCUCCCCAUAAGAAUCUAGAGCCGUCCGUCGCAGCGUCACGCGCGGUGCACACGCUUGUGCUCCAAGGCAUAUCGGGCGCCCUAUCACUCCAUCAGCUCGUCGAGGCCUUCCCCAACGUCCGCAAGCUGAAGCUCUCGGGACUCUCCACGACCCUCCCAGACACCGCGUACUACUCCAGCCAGGCCUUGCGCGCCCUCAACGGAGGAGUCGCACGGUGGCAGACGCUAGAUGAGCUCUCCGGCGACCUUGUGUCCCUUUACGCGCUCAACUUGCAAGGGUGCCGCGUCGGGCGUCUGGUCGUCAAUGGGCCGUUCGCGCUUGGUGACCCGCAGAACCUCGACCGCGCGUUCCUCGCACACCAGUACGCGACCGUCAUCGCCGAUGCGUGGCCCACGAGCCUGCGACUGACGUGGACGCACCAUCGGCGCGUCGUGUUCGGAGACCCGUGGUUGUUUUUCAAGGAUGUCUGCCGAGCGAGCGUCGCGUUCCCCAAGCUGGCACACUUCGGUCACGGCGUGCGGCACCUCGCGCUCGACUUGUGUUUCUCCAUGUCCUGGGAAAGCAUCGAUAUUCCGAGCGUCGAGGGCUUCCCCUGCCUCCAGACACUCGUAUUGCGUGUGCGCACCGCCGUCGGCAUACCCGCCGUCGCCCAAUAUUCAAGCGGGGUCGGAGAUGUCCUUGUACUCAAGAAUUUGAACACAAAGGACACACGCACGGGCUAUGUCGUUCAGCGGGUCUUGCGGAGCCAUCCAACGCUGCAGCACGUUGCACUUGCAUUGCCGUAUAAUGGUUGUAUGAGACAUUGGUGGAAGUCGAUGACCCCCGAGGGGUCGGUGGUAGAGGUUACGGAGGACGUGGGACGUCAAUUGUUGGCCGAGGCCGCGCUCGACGAUUUGUACGCUUUCGCUUGA